CUUUCACAGUGCUUCACUCAGCGGUUACAAAAAAAAAAAAAAAACCCCCAAAACUUUCUUCCCAACACUCCUUUUGCUUCAUCUUCUCUUCUCUUCUCUCUCUCUCUCUCUCUCUCUCUCUCUGAGGAAAUGAUUAUGACUCUCUCACUUCUCGCUGCGACGGCGGCGAUGUUAAUGAUGGUUGCGACUGCGCAGAUCGGCGGUCAAGUGUUGCAAGUGGAGUUAUGGUGCGUAGCGAAGAACAACGCAGAAGAUGCUUCGCUACAGACUGCGAUUGAGUGGGCUUGUGGUCAAGGCGGCGCCGAUUGUGGUCCGAUUCAGCAAGGUGGACCUUGUAACGACCCGACGGAUGUUCAGAAAAUGGCGUCGUUUGUUUUCAACAAUUACUACCUGAAGAACGGCGAGGCCGAUGAGGCUUGCAAUUUCAACAAUAACGCUGCUCUUACUUCACUCAAUCCCAGUCAGGGAACUUGCAAAUACCCUUCGAGUAAGAGAGGAGUGAACAAUGGUCGAGUGGCAGAUGACACUUCAAUGGGAGCAGAUAUGAGCCGUGGUGGCAGACCGGUUUCCAGCAGUUGGAUUGUAACCUUCAUCGGUUUCUGCAGCUUAUUGACGAUGACACAGAUAGUUCAUCAUCUUUAGGCUCACACACGCAUGAGAAGGAUACCAUUUUGAUCUCUCCCAGUUUACCUUUGAAGAUAAGCCUAAUAUCUAAUUUGUUUUUUUUUGUCUGGCAUUUUGAUUUUUUAUUAUCAAUCCCACUGUGAGUGAUUCAAAAUGUUUUGAUUGCUUCUAUUGGAAUUUGUAGUGAUAUUUCUUUUUUUUUCAACGAACAUAUAAUGAUGUAAUGUCAUCAUAUGUUAAUAGAUUCAAUGAUUGUCUACC